UUUGGUACAGAGAAGAAAGAUUGACUUUGAAUGGAAGAAAAGAAGAAGAUGGAAUGACGUUGACUUUCCUUUACAAAUUUCUUCUUCUUCCUUCCCGGUAUCUCCGAGUUUUCUGUUCAUCUAAAUUUUCGGAAUCUGGGGAUUUUCUUUUCCCGGUGUAUCUCUCUCGCCGGGAAACUCUAAUUAACCAUUAUCUUGUCUUAUUUCUCUUCUCGGAAUUGUAGUCGAAAGCUCGGUCUCAACAAUGGGGACUCCAGAAUUUCCAGAUCUAGGGAAACACUGCUCCGUCGAUUAUUGCAAACAGAUCGAUUUCUUGCCCUUCACAUGCGAUCGCUGCCUUCAGGUGUUUUGUCUGGAUCAUCGUAGCUAUAUGAAACACGAUUGUCCAAAAGGAAACAGAGGAGAUGUCACUGUGGUUAUCUGUCCUUUAUGUGCUAAAGGAGUUAGAUUAAACCCUGACGAAGAUCCCAACAUUACCUGGGAGAAACAUGUUAAUACAGAUUGUGAUCCCUCUAACUACGAAAAAGCUGUCAAGAAGAAGAAAUGUCCUGUUCCAAGAUGCAGAGAACUCUUGACAUUCUCUAACACUAUAAAAUGUCGAGAUUGCAGCAUCGAUCAUUGUUUGAAACAUCGGUUUGGACCUGAUCAUAGUUGUUCUGGACCCAAGAAGCCUGACUCGAGUUUCUCAUUCAUGGGUUUCUUGAGUACAAACACAAAAGAAGCUCCUCCACCAUCAUCAUCAUCGUCUUCUUCGAGAUGGUCUAGUCUUUUCGCUUCUGCGGAAGCAAGUAUAAGCAGACUCGGUAACGAUAUUAGCCAGAAGUUACAGUUUGCGAGUGGUAGUGAUGGUAAUUCAGGGAAAACGCAAGAGAAGAAUGGAAAACAGAAUUGUGGCAAAGUUACAGUUGAUGUUUGUCCUAAAUGUAGCAGAGGGUUUCGUGAUCCGGUGGAUCUAUUGAAGCAUAUCGAUAAGGAUCAUCGUGGCACUUCUAAAGCCUAGAAGAAGGGAAGUGAAGUGAAGUGGUUUUAUAUUUGUGUGAUUGUAUCAUUCUUUGUAACACAGCCAUGUAAAGGAAGAAAAGAAACUCCAUAUUCUUUGAGUUGUUUUGUUAGCCAAUUGUGCAUUUCUUCUGUUAUGGAUUUUGUUCAACAUUGGGUAGAUCUCUUGUUCUUUUUGCCUCUUCAGGUCAAACUUACUCUGUUCUUGUUGAGACAAUUUUGUCACAAAUGUUAAGCACUAGAGUCCUUGCCUCUCA